GGACUCUUUUACGGGGUUACUAAUCACGGGUGUAAACAAAGAUAAGUCUGCUCGUCCUCUGCUCUCUGUCCAAGUUGUUAAUGUUGCACCAUGCAGCAGCCACAAUCGCAGGGUUGGCCUCGCCAUGAGUGGCUGCAAGCAGGGACGGCCUCACAGCAAAGAAUGAUGUCGAGUGAGCCAGACUACGGGGCGGCGCUAGGCCUCAUCAACCACUUGCCCACGGAGGAGUUACGUGACCUGGUCAACAAUGACGACAAGCUCACAGAACUCGUCAAGGAUGUCCCACAGAUGAAGAACUUGGCCAAUGAGCAAGAGAUCCUUCUGGCGGCCAACAAGUCACUGGCAGAGUUCAACCUCUCACUGGAGCCCAAGUUGUCGCAGGCCAAGCAAGCAUUGAUAUCCAAGUACGAGGAGGCGGCGCAGCUCUCGGAGGAGGUCAACACUCUCAAGGCAGAAUUCGACUCGUCAAGUGGACAGUACACAGCAGACACCCUCCAGGCCCUCCUCCAGACAGCUGCCCAACAGAUAGAGGAGGAAACAGAGAACUUGGUCCAGUCAUUCCUCGACAAGGAGAAUGAAGUGGACGAUUUCCUCUCUGAAUUUCUGUCCAAGAGAAAGACGGCACAUCUGCGGAGGAUCAAGGCGGAGAAGAUCACCAGCAUCGUCGCACAGCAGAACAGCAGCAGCCACAGCACCCCUUACCCCCCACCUCCUACUGCUGGGGGGGGCAUGGGCUAUGGGGGGACGCAGUGGGCAUCCCCUUACCCCACGCAGCCCGUUAACAUGCCCAUGCCUGGCUUCCAUUAAGGUUCAUUGAGGGAGGAUAGAGGAGCUGUUUUGCCAAGAACUCACACACAGGUAUCUCUUGCUUUAUGAUUCAUUUACAUUCUUGGAAAAGUGAUCGUAAAGUGAAAUGACUGUAUAAUGAAAACGAGGUCUUAAUUAAGAGGGAUGCAUUCCUGGACCUAAAACCCCUAAUUAAACCCCUAAUUAAUGAUGCUUUAUGAACUGUCCUGUAUCAGAAUCACUUUAAAUAUAUAAAUAGCAUAAAUAAAGAAUAAAUCGAUCAUAAAAGUGAGCCAUAGGGAUUGUAAAGAGAGGAAAGUAAAUGAAGAAUGACGUUCGUAAGAGUGAAAUAUCACACGAUGAACUGUCGUAAGGUGGGGGAUACCUGGACCACUUGAUUUUACAGUAAGAUCCUGAAGGGAGUGAGAUCAGAAAGGGUAACUUGAAUAGAAUGCAAGCUACAAAAUACUCAACCCAAAGAUUAUCUAGCAGCACAAACAGGGCUCAGAAACUCUAGCAAAUGAAAAGCCUCUCCAUAUGAUUCUGGCUGCUCAAUUUCAAACACUUCAACUUAACACUUUGGGGAAGCAACGCCAACGUGGUCUUUUUAUUUCCUCUUUUUCUUUUGCGUCCUUGAGCUACCUCCUUUCUCUGUUAACCCGUCUGCUGCGAUUGGCACAGAUUUCGCCUUCACUGGUAGUCUGGUAACAUACACUCCCAGGCCUUUCUCUGCCUCUGUGGUGGAUAGUGGAGUGUUUCCCAUGUGGUAUUGGUAUGCUGGAUAUCCCCUCACAAGCUACAUGACUACAUUCUUCUUCACUGAAUUGUAGCAGCCACUUCUUGUUCCACUCCUGUAGCCUGGUGAUGUCUUCUUGUAGGAAAUCCACAUCCAAGGGGUUAUAAAAAGACCAAGAUGAGUGAAGUGUGAUGAGAGACCAAGUUAUAUUGAGGGAAGACCAGAGUUUAAAGAUAUGAAGCAGCAAGAAUUUAAAUAGCACAAGUUUAUGUAUCCACCAGAGUCUUGCAGUAUUCAGGGUCUUACUGUAUCUGUUUAUCCAUCUACAUCUCUCUUGGUUUGUAGCUGUGAUGUAAUGUCCUCUUGGGAAGUUACUUUUAAGGGGAUGACCAGGGCAGAAAAGUCUCCAGCUCGCCCUGAUCAUGCACUCCUUAUUUUGACCUUACACUUUUUUACUUUUUGACCAUACACUUUUUGACUUUGACCAUACACUUUUUUACUUUUUGACCAUGCACUUUUUGACUUUGACCAUACACUUUUUGACUUUUUGACCAUAUACUUUUUGACUCUUUGACCAUAUACUUUUGACCAUACUUUUUUUUUUGCUUUUUGACCAUGUACUUUUUGACCAUACACUUUUUCUACUUUUUGACCAUGUACUUUUUGACCAGACACUUUUUUGACUUUUUGACCAUACAUUUUUUUGACUUUUUGACCAUACACUUUUUGAGCAUAUACUUUUUGACCAUACCCUUUUUGACUUUUUGACCAUACUCUUAUGAUAAAAUAACAUCAUGACCUCUUCACAAAAUCUGCACUUCACUACCCAGGCAUCCCUUGCUGUAGGACAUUCUUCAGUAAUCGAUGGUGCACUAACAUCAUUAUAACAUUGGUUUGACGGGGAUAUACUCCUAGCCACUCAAAUAUAAAGAAGAGUCAAUCAUUAAAGAGCAUUAUAUUAAGGAGAUAGAAAUAUGUAAGAAAAAAAAAGGACAAAAAUUCUUUAAACUGCCCGGGACUAUUGUUUAUAAGCCCUGCCACCAUUUCUAAGCCUCUUUUCACUCUUGCCACCACACACACACACACACACUCAGUUCAGCAUUGUCCAAGAGUCCAGUAACACACUCUACACUCAGGAGCAGGCAGUGGGUAAGUGUUAUGUGGUGUGUGUCUGUGUGUAGGGAAGGGGCAGGCAGGAGCAUUGAGUAUUGGUGUGUGUAUGUGUGUGUGUGUGUGUAUGUAUUUACCUCUUUCUGCUAUACCCUUGAUAUAAAAAUAAUUGGGAGAGAGGGAAAGACUGGGAGAGAGAGCGAUGUGUGCGUGUGUGUGUGUGUGUGUGUGUGUGUGUGUGUGUGUGUGUGUGUGUGUGUGUGUGUGUGUGUGUCAAA